AUGACUUCAAAAGUUAAAAUGCAAUCGAUUGCUAUUUGGCAAGAUCGUGACAUACGAUUCGAUGUGAAUCCACGGUUGCUACGUUUGAUUCCCGGUGAACAUCUCCUGGAUCAUAUUGAUGGUGUUGAGGAUAUCAAAGGAAAUUGCGGUGAUAAGGGUACACUUCGGAUAACAAAUUUAAGACUUACAUGGCAUGCAACUGCUAUACCACGUAUCAAUCUAAGCCUUGGGUAUAAUACGAUAAGUGGUGUGACUACAAGAAUUGCAAAAUCGAGACUUCUUGGACAGAGUGAAUCAUUGUAUUUAUUGGCUCAUCAUGCAAAUGCUCGAUUUGAAUUCAUCUUUACAUGUAUCAAUCCAUCCCAGGUAAAGCUUUUUACGACUGUAAUAGCUAUUCAUCGAGCAUAUGAAACAUCAAAGCUUUAUCGAGAGUUGAAAAUACGUGGUGCUCUAGUGAAUGAUGAGCAACAUCUUCGAAUCUUACCUGAAGAGCAACAAUGUGAUCGUUUUGAUGGUGUAUGGAAUUUAGGCAAUGAUCAGGGAACGCUUGGUGUUAUGACACUUACUAAUAUUCGUAUUGUAUGGUUUGCAACAACAAAUAUAAUGUACAAUGUAAGCAUACCGUAUUUACAAGUACAGGAUUGCCGUAUACGUAAUUCACGUUUUGGCCCUGUUUUGAUCGUUGGAACUACAGCUAUUAACAAGAUGUAUGUUCUUGGUUUUCGUAUUGAUCCGGAAGAAAGACUGAAAAAUAUUUACAAUACGAUAUGUGCACUUCAGAAAGCUUAUGCAAAGAAACCUAUUUUUGGUGUGCAACAUAUUCAAGAAAGACCGGGUUCUCCGCAAGCAGUGGGAGAUGUGAUGAAAUUGGUUGAUGAUGAUGUUGAGCUUGAUGAUCGACCUCUUCGAACUGAUGCAUAUGCUGCUUAUUUCUCAGAUGGUGUUGUUAGUGAGGAAGUUCGACCACCCGUUUACUCAGAAGAGCUUGGAGUAGCAAUUGAAGAGCUCAAAUCAGGCUUUACGCUUACUGAUCUAUGGAAAAUUCACGUAGACUGA